AUCUGUGUGACAACAGCUUUAAACUGUCUCCCUGGGCUGUGACUCCCUGACUGACACGGAAGGUGGAAUCCAGUUUCUUUUUUUUUUGCGUCGGAGGGGAGGAUACGGGAUGCGAGCCAAGAUGACAGAAGUAAUGGAACUCUGAGAGCGAAACGUAACAAUUACUGAACUUCGCAGAAAGAAACCUUUACUUUUAACAGAAAGCGCAGAAGAAACGAAGCCAAAUGGCGGAAAAGGUUUCAGAUCUGGAGAAGGCCAUCAGCACCCUGGUCACAGAGUUCCACAAGGCCGGUGGUGAGAACAGCAAUGGUCUGAAUACAGAUCAGUUCAAGAACCUCCUCUCCGCCCAGCUGCCCACCCUGGCUAAGACCUCAGGAGGUGAGCAGGGUUUGUCUACAAUGAUGCAGACCAUGGGCGUGAAGGACGGUGAGGAAAUCUCCUUCUCCAGUUUCUGGAAACUGAUCCAGACACAGGCGUCCAGCCUAUUUGACCAGAUGAGCCCCAAGACCACCAAGUGCACCUGUGUAAUGCUUUGAGGAAUAAGGCCUCCCUGCCCCCGAGCCAAAGGCUGAACAACAGCCAGGAUUCUGGAAGCACAGAAUGAAAGAAGCCCAUCGAUCUUCGGCCUGCAGCCUUGCCACUAACCCCAGUGAGCAUCUCUGUCAGUUGUAUACUGGUGUAACUUGUAUUCCUUCCCCUUUUUCCAGUCAGCUUCCUCCAUUGUCAGUAACUCACUCAUCUCACAGUGACUCCUCUGUUUUCACCAAUCUCAUGUUCUUCCAGAGCUUUGCUUGAAAAUAGUCUCAUUUUAUAUCCACACUCAUUAUUCCUACCCAAUGAAAACCCAAUGAAUAAUUAACUAACGACCCAAACCAAAGUUCAAUUGUAUCAGACCAUUUUGGAGAAUUAUGAAUUAAAUAACUUGAAACCAC